GACUAAAUCCGCAAUAAGACAAAGCUGCCGGCAGGGUAAAACUAACCUCUCAGGCUUUGACACAACACCCCGCAAGGGCCUCCGCAACCAUGACCGGCGACAGCAGGUUUUCUCCGGCCGCCGACGCCUUAUCGCCGGGUCCAGAUCUCGACAUCUCCAUUGCAGAAGGUUCUGAAGACAGUGACCAACUGCUUGAGGAAGACAACAGUGAGCUGGAAAUUGACGGUGAACAAGUUUUUGGGAUUGAAAGCACUGAUUUUGAGGAUGCAAGCGAGCAAGUUCUUGGGUUUGAAAGCAAUGACAUUGGAAACGAUAGUGAGCAAGUGCUUGAGUUUGGAAGCAAAGAUGAAGAAAACAACACUAAGCAAUUGCUGGAAAUUGAUAGCAACCACCAUAUAAACAACAGUGAUCAGGUGUUAGAGAUUGAAAGCAGUUACCAUGAGAAUGGCAGAGAUUGUGACACAACAAUCGAUGACCAAAUUGGCGUAUCCCAGGGAAAGGGCUAUCCUCCACCAGUUGUGGGAAUGGAGUUUGAGUCAUAUGACGACGCCUAUCAUUAUUAUAAUUGUUAUGCUAAGGAGCUAGGAUUUGGCAUUAGGGUUAAAUCUUCAUGGACAAAGCGUAACAGCAAAGAGAAGCGUGGUGCAGUACUCUGUUGCAAUUGUGAGGGUUUCAAGACAGUAAAAGAAGCAAGCAGUCGAAGGAAGGAAACAAGAACGGGGUGUCUUGCGAUGAUAAGAUUGAGGUUGGUGGAAUCCAACAGAUGGAAGGUAGACGAAAUCAAGCUCGAACAUAACCAUUUAUUCGAUCCUGAAAGAGCACAGAAUUCCAAGUCUCACAAGAAGAUGGAUGCAGGAGUCAAAAGAAAAUUGGAGCCCCCUGAUGUGGAAGUGAGAACUAUAAAGUUGUAUAGAACACCAGUUGUGGAUACUUUAUGUUAUGGAAGCUCAAGUGAAAGAGAUUUGAGUAACCGAGUUGAUCAGUCCAAGCGUUUGAAGCUUAAAAAUGGAGAUGUCCAAGUCAUGUACAAUUAUUUUUGCCGUGUGCAGUUGACCAACCCUAACUUUUUCUAUAUGAUGGAUCUCAAUGAUGAGGGCCACUUGCGGAAUGUGUUUUGGAUUGAUUCUAGGUCGAGGGCUGCAUAUGGCUACUUUGGCGAUGUGGUCGCACUGGACACAACGUGCUUGUCAAGUGGAUAUGAGAUUCGGCUUUUGGCAUUCGUUGGAGUAAAUCACCACGGGCAGUCCAUUUUGCUUGGCUGUGGUCUACUCGCGGAUGAAACCCUAGAAACAUAUAUUUGGCUAUUGAGGGCAUGGUUAACUUGUAUGUUGGGACGUCCUCCUCAAACCAUCAUCACAAGCCAGUGUAAGGAAUUGCAAGCUGCAAUUGCGGAGGUUUUUCCUAGGGCUCACCAUCGGCUGUGUUUGCCACUUGUCAUGCAAAGCAUUUUCGAUAAUUUAGGAGAAUUACAGGAAUCUGAGGUUUUUCGGACAGUAUUGAGUAGAACAGUUUACAACUGUAUAAAAGUGGAUGAAUUUGAAAUAGCUUGGGAGGAUAUGAUCCAGCAGUUUGGGAUCAGGGAUCAUGAGUGGCUUCGAACGUUGUAUGAAGAUCGAGAACGGUGGGCUCCCAUUUACUCGAAAGACACCUUUUUUGCAGGAAUGUUCAGUUCUCAAUUGGGUGAGUCCGUUGGCCCUUUUUUAGAUGGGUAUGUCCAUAGACAAACCACCUUGAAAGAGUUUUUCGACAUGUACGAACUAGUUUUACAAAAGAAGUAUCAGAAGGAAGCCCUUGAUGAUUUCGAGUCGAAGGAGUCAAGUCCCAUGUUAAAAACAAGUUGCCCUUAUGAGUUACAGCUCUCAGAAGUAUAUACAAAAAGUUUAUUCUGGAAGUUUCAAGAGGAGGUGGAGAUGAUGGCUUCUUGUUUAAGCGUAACACAAAAUCAUGCUAAUGGGCCAAUCACCACGUACAUGGUCAAGGAAAGGGAAGAAGAUGGAAAUAUGAGAGGAAUUAGGGAUUUCGAAGUUAUGUACGAUAAAGCAGGAAUGGAAGUUCGAUGCAUUUGCAGUUGUUUCAACUUCAAGGGUUAUUUAUGCAGACAUGCAUUGUGUGUUCUCAACUACAAUGGUAUGGAGGAAAUUCCAGCUCAAUACAUCCUGUCACGGUGGAGGAAGGAUUUCAAGCGGAUGUACGUACAGGAUCUUAGAUCUGAUAGCAUCGAUAUUACUAACCCAGUUCAGUGGUUUGAUCACUUGUACAGACGAGCGUUGCAAGUUGUCGAGGAAGGGGUGACGUCGCAAGAUCAUCACACGGUUGCUUGGCAAGCGCUUAAGGAGUCGUUGAAUAAAGUUCGUCUUGUUGCAAACAAGCAUGUAUAGCUUUUCGUAAUAAUUUUUGAGGUGUAAAAUCAUGUGGCAAAGUACUGAAUGUGCAUAUGUAUAGUGCAAGAUCUCCUUGUCUGUACUUUGCGGAGGUCUUCUUUUUUUUUUUUUUCUUUUUUUCGCAUUUUCGCUUGACUACUUUUUAUUAUACCUUAUUGAGAGCAGAUAAAUAAUGAGAAUUAUUUUAGAUGCUUUCGUAUUGAA